AUACUCGUAAGACCUAGUCCAAUGUGCAUUGAUACAAGAAUAACAUUAUUGCCUCACUUGUAUCCGGAAUUCAGAAUUUGUCCUUAUAAAUUAUCGUGAUAGACUUGAGAGACAACGUUUACAGCACGGCCAUAAUACCCCAAGCGAGGGGACUUAAAUAUUUGCACUAUUUAGUUUUUAAUAUUUCCAAUUUAAAAUACAAAUUUUUAGUAAAAUAAAUUGACUAAUGAAUUUCACCCCGAACAGCAGUCAUCGUUAAAACUAAUUAAAACUGAUAUAUAUAUGUUUCGGCGAUAGUGUAUAUAUAUAUAUAUAUCAAAUACGCUUAUACGGACCACAGCAAGAUCAGACACCGUCACAUCGGAUCAACACGCCAGGUGGACACUCCCGGCAACUACCUCAGGUGAGUCGCUGUACUACGAGGCCGGCACCGUCCACCGCAGGGUCAUCCUCACUCAUGAUGUGGGCCACCUGGAGACGCUGGGAGUAACACUCCACUACCCCAACUUCAUGUUCAACAUCAUAUGGCGGUUCAAGAACCCGGUUCUCCACCUCAAGUCCGUCAGUGUUGAACCCCUUGGACGGAAUAUCAAGUGGCGGUAUUGCUUCAAGGACCCCGUGCAACACAUGGGGCAGGAGUAUGUCCUCACCAGGAAGGACUCGUGCUAGUGACAGGCCCCACUGCUGGUCUGUCUGGCCCCCCACUCUUGGCUUCCCUGGCCGGCACUCCUGGCCUGCCUGGCCGGCACUCCUGAUAUCCCUGGCCGGCACGCCUGUCCUGCCUGGCCGGCACUCCUGGCCUCCCUGGCCGGCACUCCUGAUAUCCCUGGCCGGCACGCCUGGCCUCCCUGGCCGUCACGCCUGUCCUGCCUGGCCGGCUCUCCUGGCCUCCCUGGCCGGCCCUCCUGGCCCUGGUGACUUCUCAAGGUCUGUGUGACAGUAGAUGAUCGCUGGCCACAGUGAGGGAGAGGCGGGUCACCGGCUCACAACACGUCAAGGAAGGUCAUGGCGUCACCCCGCGGACCACUGUUCACAAGACCUCCCCAUCCUGAAGAGCUAGCCGGGAGCCCUCUCUGAGGGCCUACAGUGUCGCCCAGUAACGACAGCAGUGUACACAAUGACUCCUCGUCCCAGUACUUUAGAUCUGGCAGAUAAUCCUUAAGCUUAAGGAUGUGUGUUGUUGAACAACGGUGAUGUAUCGAAUAGUGUGAAGUAUGCACAAAGAAAUACCAUUACCGUGAUGCAUCAAUGAGAAAAUCAGUUAGAGUUACAAGGAGGAUUCGAACCUGUACCCUGGGUACUCCCGAACACACGCCUUAAGCCACUGGUCUAGUGGCUUAAGCAGCUCCAAGUGAUCCUCUCAUUAUGAAGUAUGUGAUGAUAGUGAAAUGUGGCGAGGAAGCCCUUGGAGUGCACAUCAGGGUGCUCCCGCCUCACUCUCCUUCUUCAACAGUGUUAUACUUAGUCAUUACCUCAGUCAGUACACUGGAGGCAAAACAUGAUUGUUCUCUGCCAUUUGUAUUGUUCCUGUUGUCUUGGUGAACAUGUAUGUAUGUAUACUGACAGGUUCCAUGUAUGAAUAUUUACCAUGCAAAUGUUUAGCUUCGUGAGUUUGUGCUUACAUGAAGAUAAAUUAAAUAUAUAUUUAUAUUACAGAAAAUGACGAAAGUGUCUUGUACUUACAUGUUUUGUGACUGUGUUUACAUUGUGAACAGCUGGUGACGCGACCAGCGCGGGCACCGCCCUCGCCCCACACUCUCCGCACCUCACACUUUACGCUCUGGAGCUCAACGUCGAAAUUCUGGUGCUUUAGUACAAUAAAACCCACGACAGUAUUGACAAGUGUCUUUCGUGGCCCAUACAUGAAUAACGCUACUAUUACGAUGCUUUAAUUUGUACUAAUACUUCGCCGAUUUUAACUGAAAAUUUAUGCGUAAACAAAAUGCGUCGCAUUAGGUAAGAGUACCGGGUUGCACUCUGCCAUGAGUGCCGUGGGAGAGUGCACUCCUCGUCACUCUAGCACACUCCAGUACGCUCUACGGCCUCUAGCAACCGUAACACCUCACUGAUCUCAUAACCUAUGAUGUGCCCACACCCCCUGACUGUACCCAUGUGAGUGCCUCAGCGCGCGGCGGCUCCUCCAUCACUGUGACCACUUCCUUCCUCCCCGGGUUGUUUUAUCUCUGUAUAUAACCUUCCCUCAUGCAGGUCAGUGUUCGAUUACCGAUGGUGCAAGUAACUGAGCACAGUUCCUUCAUCCCGCUCUCACAUCCCAGCUUCUUGUCCUCAUAUCUCAACUCCUUGUCCUCAUAUCGUAGUGCCUUGUCCUCAUAACCCAGAUCCUUGUCCUCAUAUUCCAGCUCCUUGUCCUCAUAUCCCAGGUCCUUGUCAUCAUA